AUGCGACGUCCAGACUGGUACCUGAACAAGGUGAAGCUGAAGAUCACGGAUGCUAACGACAACGUGCCCGAGUGGAGCAUGGAGCCGUACCCCUACCUGGCGGUGGUGGCCCCAGGAGCAGGGCCCAGGACCCUGGUGUACCAGCUGCAGGCCCGGGACGGGGACGAGGGCAAGAGCGGGGAGGUGGAGUACUUCCUUUCUGAUGGUGGGGAGGGCUGUUUCUCCGUGGACAAGCAGACGGGCCACGUGGUGACCACCGGCGUUCUGCUGCGGAGGAACGCCGAGUACCUGCUGAGCGUGGCGGCGGUGGACGGGCUAGGGGGCCGCAGCGUCUCCGCCGUGGUGUCGGUGGUGGCGGGGCCCCGGGCGCCGCAGUUCACCAACAGCACCUACGCCAUCUCCAUCCCCGAGAACACGCCGGAGGGACAGGCCUUCCUGGUGGUGUUGGCGCUCUCCUUCCAAAAGCAGCCCAUCAGCUACAGCCUGCUGAUCAAUCCCAGCAUCAACUUGGAGGGAGGCACGCUGGGCCUGUUUUCCCCGGGACCCACUGGAAAGAGCUGCUUUCUGCACUGCUUCACACGCGAGUGUCUCCAAGGUUUCCAUGCAGCCAGGUACCGCACAUUUGUCUCGGAGGGCGGGCCCAACACACUGGUUGCCACGGUGCUGGCCAAAGACCCAGAUGGGGACGGGAUUAUCUACUCCAUAACGGCAGGCAAUGAAGAGGGCAACUUCGUCAUUGACAGUCAGAAAGGCCUGAUCCGUCUCCGCUCCACGCCGCUGCCCCGGCUCCAGGGGCUGGAGUACGUCCUGAACGUAACGGCCACCGACGACAACGCGUCCAGGGGCCCGCAUGCGCUGGCUUCCACGGCCAGGGUCAUCGUGGGGGUUGACGACGUCAACAACAACAAACCCAUAUUCGACGAGUGUCAGCAGUACCGCGAGCGCGCCUCCGUGCUGGAGAACCAGCCAGCGGGGACGUUUGUGCUGCAAGCGCAGGCCACCGACGCGGACGAGGGAGCGAACGGGAAAGUCAAAUAUGGGCUAAUGCACCGAGACAGCGCGAUGCCUGCCUUCAGAGUCCACCCGGACACAGGAGUGAUCGUGACGGCGCGGCGCUUUGACAGGGAGCGCCAGAGGGAGUACUCCAUCACCCUCACGGCCACCGACUGGGCCGAGGAGCCGCUCAUCGGCAUCUGCCAGCUCAACGUCCAGAUCCUGGACCUCAACGACAACAGCCCCAAGUUUGAGAACCUGCGCUAUGAGUAUUUCCUCCGGGAAGACACCAUGAUCGGCACCAGCUUCCUGCGUGUCGCGGCCCACGACGAUGACUUUGGCACCAACGCCGCCAUAAGCUACUCCAUGUCCCUGGAGGAGCCCGAGUACCUGAGGGUCCAGCCGCUCACGGGCUGGGUGUACGUCAACCAGCCCAUAUCACAGAGGACCUACAUCACCAGGGAGGUGGUGGCCACGGACGGGGGGAACCGCAGCACGUCGGUGGAGCUGGCCGUCACCAUCACCAACGUCAAGAACCAGCCGCCGCGCUGGGAGAGCCCCAGCUACAACGUGGUGGUCCCCGAGAACACCGCCAGGGACACGCCCAUCGUGACCAUCAAGGCGACCUCCCAGCUGGGAGACCCGAGGGUGACGUACAACCUGGAGGACGGAAUGGUGCCGGAGACCAACAUGCCGGUACGCUUCUACCUCUCGCCCAACCGGGAAGACGGCUCUGCCUCCAUCCUGGUGUCGGAACCCCUGGAUUACGAGACCACCCCCCUUUUCUCUCUCCGGGUCCGGGCUCAGAACGUGGCGGCGGUGCCUCUCGCGGCGUUCACGACUGUUUACGUCAACGUGACAGACGUGAACGACAACGUGCCGUUCUUCACCUCCUCCGUCUACGAAGCCUCGGUCACGGAGGGAGCGCAGAUCGGCACCCCGGUGCUCCAGGUGUCCUCGCACGACAAGGAUCUGGGACUCAACGGCCAGAUCACCUACUCUCUGCUGAGCGACAGCACUGGGGACCAUGAGCUGUUCCGCAUGGACCCCGCCCUGGGAACCAUCUACACCGAGGCGGUGUUCGACCGCGAGGCGCGCAGCUCCUACCUCCUGGAGGUCCAGUCCGAGGACGGCCAGGAGUCGGCCAGGCCCGGCAAGAACAAACAGCCCAACUCAGACACGGCUUACGUGAGGGUGUUCAUCAGCGACGUCAACGACAACAAACCGGUGUUCGCCCAGCGGCUGUACGAAGUGGGCGUGGACGAGAAUGCAGACGUGGGGCUGGCCAUCGUGACCGUCAGCGCUAACGACGAGGACGAUGGGGCGAACGCCAAGCUGCGCUACCAGAUCACCUCGGGGAACACGGGGGGCGUCUUCGACAUGGAGCCGGAGGUGGGCACUGUGUUCAUCGCCCAGCCGCUGGACUACGAGCUGCAGAAGAGGUACAAGCUGCUGGUGCUGGCCUCCGAUGGGCGCUGGGAGGACUACGCGGCGGUGGUGGUCAACGUGGUCAACAAGAACGACGAGGCGCCCGUCUUCUCCAUGAACGAGUACUACGGCUCGGUCACCGAGGAGCUGGACGGCUCCCCCGUGUUCGUGCUGCAGGUGACUGCCACUGACCCGGACAAGGACGCAGACCAGGGAGCCAUCCGCUACUCCAUCCACGGCCAGGGCGCUGAAUCCCACUUUGUGAUCAACGACAUCACAGGGGAGAUGUACGCCCAGCGCACCAUGAACCGCGAGGAGCGCGCCGUCUGGCGCUUUGUCGUCAUGGCGACGGACGAGGAGGGAGAGGGCCUCACGGGCUUCACCGACGUCAUCAUCAACAUUUGGGACAUCAACGACAGCGCGCCCGCCUUCUCCUGCGCCCCCGACGCCUGCCUGGGCACCGUGGCGGAGAACUCCCCGCCCGGGAGCUUCGUCAUGGAGAUGACCGCCGUGGACCUGGACGACGCGGCGGUGGGCCAGAACGCCAUCCUCUCCUACCGCCUCGCCAGGAACUCGCGCGCGGCGGGCGGCGCCGACCUCUUCGCCAUGGACUCCAGCACGGGCACCAUCUCGGUGGCGGCGGAGGGGCUGGACUGGGAGGCGGCCGAGUCGCACCUGCUGAUCGCCGAGGCCCGGGACGGCGGGGGCAUGGUCGGCACGGCGACCGCCACCAUCGCGGUGACGGACCUGAACGACCACGUGCCGCGCUUCGCCGACGGCCGCUGCGGCGGGCGCGUGUCGGAGGCCGGCGAGCCCGACGCCGCCGUGCUGGAGCUGAGGGCGGUGGACCCGGACGGCGGCGCCCACGGGCGGCUGACCUUCACGGUGGUGGCGGGCGACCCCGAGCAGCGGUUCCACGUGGUGGGCCGCCGGGGCGAGCAGACGGCCACGCUGCGGCUGAGGAAGAGGCUGGACUACGAGGCACCCGGCGAGCGGAGGUUCAACCUCACCGUCAGGGUGGAGGACUCAGAGUUCUCCAGCGCCGUCCACUGCGUGGUGCAGGUGGACGACGCCAACGACAACGCGCCCGCCUUCACCCCCGACCGCCACCCGCCCUCGCCGCUGUCCGAGGACGUCGCCGUGGGGACCAGCGUCCUGCAGGUGACGGCGCGCGACGCCGACUCCGGGCCGAACGGCGACAUCACGUACAGCAUCCUCGCCGAGUCCGACCCGGAAGGACGUUUCUCCGUCAGCCAGACGGGGCUGGUCACGGUGGCCAGGCCGCUGGACCGGGAGGCGGCGGCGGCUUAUGAGCUGGUCGUCAUGGCAACUGACCGGGGCAGCCCGGCGCUGACCGGCAGCGUCGCGCUCCACCUGCCGCUGCUGGACGUGAAUGACAACGGCCCCGAGCUGGAGGCGGCCUACGCGCCCAUUCUCUGGGAGAACAGCCCGCCCCCGCAGGUGGUCUGGCUGAACCAGAGCUCCACGCUGCUGCGCGUCGUGGACAGGGACUCUGCGGCCCACGGGGGGCCCUUCUCCCUGUCCCUGCCGCCGCCCUUCACGCCCGAGUUUCACCUGCAGGACCACGGGAACGGCAGCGGCACGCUCACCGCCCUGCGGAGCUUCGACCGCGAGCGGCAGAGGGAGUUUAAUCUGCCGGUGAUCAUGAGCGACAGCGGCCGUCCGUCAAUCACAGCCACCAGCACCCUGACCAUCACCAUCGGCGACCAGAAUGAUAAUGCCCACCAGGCAGGGGAGAAGGAUGUGUUCAUGCACAGCCGAAAGGGAAGGUUCCCUGCUGCAUUAGGUAAAGUGUAUGCCCCGGAUCCAGAUGAAUGGGACAACAAGACCUACACAUUGGCGUCAAGUGCCAGCAAGUACUUCACUCUGAACCAGAGUUCGGGGGCGCUGACCGUCCGACAGAACGCGCCAGCUGGCAGUUACUGGCUGAGGGUGGCCGUGUCGGACGGCGUGUGGCCUGAUGUGAUGUCAGAGGUCAGGGUUCACGUCCGGGAUUUGGAGGACAAGGCCAUCCGCUCCUCUGCGUCCCUGCGGCUGACUGGCGUCACAGCCAGAGAGUUUAUCGAUUCCCGUGUCACGGGGAAGAGUCGGCUGGAGAUAUUCUGGGACUUCCUGUCCAAAUCCCUGUCCGUCAGACCCGGGAGAGUCAACAUCUUCGGCAUCGUGGACGGAGGCGAGGCAAAGACGGUGGACCUGCACUUCUCCGUGCUGACGGACAGCGGCUACGUGCGUCCUGAGAAGCUGCAUGGCAUCCUCUCGGCUCACAAGAAGAAGCUGCAGUCCAUGCUGAGAGCCAACCUCAGCCAGGUGGAGGUGGACAGGUGUGCGGCGCGCGCCGACUGCAAGGCGGCGGGCGGCUGCUCCACGCGGCUCAGCGUGGACGACACGCCCACCCUGGUGGACGCCGGCGGGGGCUUCUCCCUGGCGUCCGUGACCCUGGUCACCGCGGCCACGUGCGGCUGCUCGGCACGCGACCUGCUCCGCCGGCCCUGCUCCUCCCUACUACCCGGGGAGCCCCUGCCUGCACGGGGGCACCUGCCUCGACACGCAGGACGGCUACAGGAUUCAUUUUCCCUUUCAUCCGACACGGUUUCCCGAGUGUCCUCCAGCACUAUCUCUACUGUCUCACAUUGGUGUGUUUCUUAUUCUCCCCUUCUGUUUUCCCUCCCUCUUUUUUUCUUUAUUUUUCUUCGUCCUCUCUCACCGAUCGAUAUCAGAUGCCCCCCGGGACACCUGACUAAAGAUGGCGCCGCCGGCAAGGCGUGCGUCUACACGCUGUGCGCGAGCCGACCUUGCCGCCACGGCACCUGCGUCCCGCACUCACCCUCCCGCUACUCGUGCCAGUGUGCGGAGGGCUACCGGGGGCGCCACUGCGAGCAGACGCCGUCCAUGUCGCACAACCCGGACGGCAGCAGCCUCAGUAUCAGCUCCAUGUUCGCCAUCUGCAUCUGCAUCCUGGCCUUCUUAGUGUUGAUGCUGGGCCUGUUCAUGUACUCGUGCUGGAGACGGCACAAGGGCCUGGAGGAGGGGGUGUUCCACGUGUCUGCGCACCACGGGGAGUGGGAGGACAUCCGGGAAAACGUGCUUAACUACGACGAGGAAGGUGGCGGCGAGCAGGAUCAGAAUGCCUUUAACAUGGUGGAGCUGCAGCGCUCUCUGCAGCCCAGUCCGGCCCAGUCCCUGAGGUACAGCUACCCACAAUGCAUUAUCUCCUACCCGCAGACCAAGCCCUCGCUGGACGGCGGUUGCCGGAGCGCCAUGCCCAACGGCAGCGGCAGCGCGGCCAUCGCCCUGCGGCUGGCCGUGCCGCCCUCCGAGACGCAGGCCCUGCCCUCCCCCCUCACCUUUAGGCGCUCGGGCCACAGCCUGUCCUUCUCCAGCCAGGACCUGGCCCGCUACCUGUGCGAGGUCAUCCGGGACAUGGAGCAACCGGGCGGGGCCGCCGGCGGCGGCGGCGGCGGGGACCAUCAUGUAGCGGGAGCCAUGACAACGCCGCGCCGCAAGGACCGCGGCCUGGUGUCCGUGCGCUCCCUCAGCUCCCUGAGCGACGGCCAGGGAGCGGCGGCGGCGGAGGAGGAGGAGGUGGAGGGGUCCUCGGAGGGCGGGGCCGCCGCGGGGGCCCGGGGCGGGGCCAAGCAGCAGCAGAGCCUGGGCAAGCUGGACAGGUUCAAGACCCUGAGGGCCGUGGUGGGGGAGCUGAGGGGAGGGGCCGCCGAGGGGCCCGGCCGCUGCAGGAGCCCCGGGGGCCCCAAGGAGAAGCAGAGGGAGAGCAGAGCGCAGCCGAACUGUGAAAAGAGCGGCUGAGAGGGAGGCGGGAGGAUGUGCCAAAGGCUAUGUUAAUCAAGGCGCCGCCAGUCGAGGCGGAGCGCGGGGAUGAUGGAGUGCGAGGCUUGACACUGAGAACGCCAGGCUGCCAUGGAUGAAUGUCAAGUCUGCCAUUAUUGUACUUUAUCGAUAAACCUGACCAGGAACUCUUUAUAUGAAGUGUUUACCCAUGAAGGAUCUGGUGUGAUGUAUUGUUUACUUGGCACUGCACUGUACAGUAUGUAAUCCACAGGAAGCACAUUCCUGAGAUUCUAAACAAAAUGUCUGGUUUACAGAAGAAAUGUCUGGCAUUGAGUGCGAAAUGUAUUUCCCUUAAGAUGUUUUCUUUGUUGUAAACAAUCAAUAUGAUGAAACCAUUUCUGUGAUGAUAUUGUUUCAUUUGUAAAUCUCUAUUUCAUUGAAUGAAAUAAAUGAAUAUCUUUGAUAA